CCAAUCAUCUCCACCGCGACAGCGUCGUCUCGUUCUCGCACAACGCCCCGGCGCACUCGGCCUGCCCCGUCAGUGCACGCCGCACCACCUGCAGCAGCAGCGAUGGCCCCUGCCAAUGUCGACCAGCAGCAGAAGCAGGAGGUGCGGGCGCCGGCGGGCGGCCGCAAGGUGGUGGACGAGGUGUCCGGCUGGCUGCGCGUGCUGGACGACGGCAGCGUCGACCGCACGUGGACCGGCCCGCCCGAGGCGCUCCCGCUGAUGCAGCCCGUGGCGCCGUACGCCGAGCCCCGCGACGGGCACACGCUGCACGACCUCCCCGGGGAGCCCAACCUGCGCGUGUACCUCCCCGAGGUGGCGGGGCCGGGCGGCGCGCGCCUGCCCGUCAUCCUGAACCUCCACGGCGGCGGCUUCUGCAUCUCCCACCCGUCCUGGCUCAUGUACCACCAGGGGUGGAGCCAGGAAUCCAUUUUUUUCAUUGUUGGAGGGGGCUAACCAUAUAAAUUUCUAUAAAAUUUUAAUCAAAAUUUAAAUUUGUAGUGUAAAUUUGGUGCUCAUGGGGGCCAGGCCCCUGCCCGCCCCCCUCUCUCCGCCCCUGUGUACCACCACUUCUACGCGCGCCUCGCGUGCGCCGUCCCCGCCGUGGUGGUCGCCGUCGAGCUCCCGCUCGCGCCCGAGCGCCGCCUGCCCGCGCACAUCGACACGGGCGUCGCCGCGCUCCGCCGGCUCCGCGCGAUCGCGCUGUCCGAGGACGGCGGCGGCCCGGCGCCGGCUGCCGCGCUCCUCCGCGGGGCCGCCGACGUGUCCCGGGUGUUCCUCAUCGGGGACAGCUCAGGCGGCAACCUCGUCCACCUCGUGGCCGCCCAGGUGGGGCAGGACGACGCUAGCCAGUGGGCGCCCCUCCGCGUGGCCGGCGGCAUCCCGAUCCACCCGGGGUUCGUGCGGGCCGCGCGGAGCCGGUCGGAGCUGGAGAAGAAGCCGGACUCGGUGUUCUUCACGCUGGACAUGCUGGACAAGUUCCUGGCAUACGCGCUGCCGGAGGGCGCGACCAAGGACCACCCGUUCUCGUGCCCCAUGGGCCCGCUGGCGCCGCCGCUGGCGUCCGUGCCGCUGCCGCCGAUGCUGGUGUCCGUGGCCGAGGACGACCUCAUCCGCGACACCAACCUCGAGUACUGCGACGCGCUGCGCGCCGCCGGCAAGGAGGUGGAGGUGCUGGUCAACCGCGGCAUGAGCCACUCCUUCCACCUCAACAAGUACGCCGUCGACAUGGACCCCACCACCGGGGAGCGGGCGCGGGAGCUCAUCGACGCCAUCAGGAGCUUCAUCUCCCGCCACUGAAAAGCGCAAGGACAGGGCUAGCUACACCACGCACGUGCCUGCAGUGCCCAUCUACUUGUCAAGUUCGUUUCAUUCCGCAUCUCAGGUCGACCUAUGCACACGUGUCCAUGUUACGCCCAGACGUACGAAGCGUUGCUAUGAUUUGGCUUGAAUUUGUCCGUACUAUAAAUAUUCUAUCUGUCAAUGAGUCUACUUCAAUAGUGAUAUAUAGCCAUUUCAAAUUAUAAGUUAUUUUGGUAUUUAUAGAUGAAUAAUUUUUAUUA